GAUCUGUACAAGAACAUCAUGAUGGAGGAUCACCAGCCCCUCACAUCAUCAGUUAAAGAAGAGAGAACAACACUGGAGAGAUGUCCCAGCCCACUUCUUCUACAGGAUGGUUCAGAAGAACAUCAAAAUGUUCCAUAUGAUGAUCAGCUUUUAAAUCUGGGUAAAGAUCUGACCAAUAUUAAGGCUGAAGAUACAUAUGUGAGGGGUGAUGAGCAGAUCAUAGAGGACAUUGCCACAGAUAACCACCCAGCAGAUAACUGUACCAGGAGCUUAGAGAAACAUGUGAUAUUAUCAGAUUUCAGAACAGAUGAUUGUGGUGUCACAGAAGAUAAACAUGAAAAGUAUGCCAUUAUCCCAGAUGUACCCUUGGUUUUUGACACAAAAGAUCUAUCAUCUGAUCCUUUGGAUGGAUUUCAAUCUUUUGAUUUAUCAAAGACUGUUAAGCAAAUUAAAAGUCACAGAAGAAUUGUUCAACAUCAAGGAACUCACACAAGAAAGAAGACUUUUUCAUGCUCAAAAUGUGGGAAAUGUUUUAACCGUAAUUCACGUCUUAUUGUACAUGAGAGAAUUCACACAGGGGAGAAGCCAUUUUCAUGCUCAGAAUGUGGGAAAUGUCUUAACUAUAAAUCAGAUCUGGUUAAACAUCAGAGAAUUCACACAGGGGAGAAACCAUUUUCAUGCUCAGAAUGUGGGAAAUGUUUUAACCAUAAAUCACAUCUUAAUAUACAUCAGAGAAUUCACACAGGGCUGAAGCCAUUUUCAUGCUCAGAAUGUGGGAGACUGUUUAACUAUAAAUUAGAUCUUGUUAAACAUCAGACAGUUCACACAGGGGAGAAGCCAUUUUUAUGUUCAAUAUGUGAAAAACGUUUUAACCAAAAAUCUGAUCUUGUCAUACAUGAGAGAAUUCACACAGGGGCGAAGCCAUUUCCAUGCUUAGAAUGUGAAAAACAGUUUAACUAUAAAUCACAUCUUGUUAUUCAUCAGAAAAUGCACACAGGGGAGCAGCCAUAUUCAUGCUCAGAAUGUGAAAAACAUUUUAAUCAUAAAUCACAACUUGUUAGACAUCAGAGAUGUCACACAGGGGAGAAGCCAUUUUCAUGCUCAACUUGUGAAAAAUGUUUUAGCCAUAAAUCGCAACUUGUUAUACAUGAGAGAAUUCACACAGGGGAGAAGCCAUUUUUUUGUUUAGAAUGUGGGAAAUCUUUCACAAAGAAAGCAGGUCUUGUUGCACAUCACAGAAUUCACACAGGGGAGAAGCCAUUUUCAUGCUCUGAAUGUGGGAAAUGUUUUACAGUUUAUUCCAGUCUAGUUAAACAUCAGAGAAUUCACACAGGGGAGAAGCCAUUUUCUUGUUUAGAAUGUGGGAAAUCUUUCACAAACAAAACAAGUCUUGUUGUACAUCACAGAAUUCACACAGGGGAGAAGCCAUUUUCAUGCUCAGAAUGUGGGAAAUGUUUUAAUCAGAAAUCAGAUCUUGUUAAACAUCAGAGAAUUCACACAGGGAAGAAGCCAUUUUAAUGUUCAGAAUUUGGUGAACGUGUUAAUCAAAAACCAGAUCUUGUUAGACACAGGAUAAUUUACACAGGGAAAACCUGUUUUAGUGUUCAGAAUGUGGAAAAUGUAAUAGAAUUAAAUUAAGUCUUAUCAAAUAUCAGAGAAUUCCCACAGGGAUGAAGCCAUUUUC